AUGCACUCCCUCCUACCCAUCAUCCUCGCCACUUCAGUGGUCAAUGCCAGUCCUUACCAUGGCAGGAGAGAUCUCUUCGCGGAUCUCCGCAAUACUCCCGUCCUGGCAACUCGGUCAACAGCCCUCCUAGGCGAUCUUCUAAAUGAAGCAUCAGCCACCCUCUCGGCAGUCGGAGCUGAGAUCUCCUCUGUCCUCACAGGCGUCUUGACUGCCCUCGCAGACGCCGAGAGCUACACACCUCCCGGCGCGAUUGACUCGCCCGAGUGUGCAGCGGAUGUCUGCUGCAAGUGGAGCCACAUCGUGUCCGAUAUACGCGGUGACUUUGAGGACAACGGCGAAUGUACCGCAACGGCCCGGGGCGCCAUCCGGCUCGGGUUCCACGACGCGGCGGCCUGGCAGUCCUCGCUGACGACCGGCGGCGCGGACGGCAGCGUGGUGCUCAACGCCGACGAGCUGGCGCGCAUCGAGAACCGCGGCCUGCAGGACAUCGCGGCGCAGACACAGACCUGGUUCGACCAGUACAAGCAGUACAACAUCACCAUGGCGGACCUGAUCCAGAUGAACGCCAUCGCGGCAACAGCAGCGUGCCCCGGCGGCCCGCGCAUCAAGGCGUACGUCGGGCGCGUCGACAACAACGCGCUGCCGCCCGCGGGCCUGAUCCCCAGCCCCUUCGCUGACGCGCCGACCAACAUCGCGCUGUUCGAGGCCAAGACUUUCACGGCCGCGGACCUGGUUGCGCUGAUUGGCGCGCAUACCGUCAGCCAGCAGCAGUUCGUCGACCCGACGCAGGCGGGCAAGAGCCAGGACACGACGGACGGCACAUGGGACAACAACUACUACGGCGAGACCGCAAGCCCCGACACUCCAGACGGAGUCUUUAAGUUCCAAAGCGACAUCAGCUUGGCGAACAACUCCGUGACAUCUGGGACGUGGCAGACGUUUGCGAAGGACCAGGGGGCUUGGGAGGCGGCUUAUGCACCCGCAUACUUCAGGAUGAGCCUCUUGGGGGUCAACAACCUAAAUGAAUUGACGGACUGCUCCAAGGUCUUUUAG